UUUUGGUGGCAACACUUUUAUAAACGCCAUUUUAUUGAAACAAAACCUAACAGAAAAAUUGGAUUUUUCAAUACAACAACCGUACAAAAACAUUGUUAUAGUUAGCGUUUAUUUUACAUAUAAUUUUGUGCUUAACCGCAAUUACAUUGUUUGAAACGUUGAAAUAUUGGAAGAAAAUUUAAGAUAUCACAAUGAGUGAUUCUCCAGACCAAAAUGAUCCACCAAAAGAUCCAAUGGAAUUAGAAAAAUUAGAGGAAGCAAAAUUAAAGGCAAAGUUUCCAAAUGCCAUGCUCGGACGAGGUCCGGGAGGGCACUCAGCAUUUCUACAGAAAAGGCUGGCUAAAGGACAAAAGUUCUUCGAUUCCGGUGACUAUCAAAUGGCGAAGCAGCGACCAGGUAAUUUAUCGGCGCCCUUCAAGGCCCCGGCCGCACCUGCUAAGCUGCCGACCGGUGACGCGAUCCCCACGCCCGACACCGUCCCACUGCGGAAGACCUCCAUCAUUCAGCCCAAGUUCCAGCCUCCGAGCCAGACCUCCUAGCCUUGCCAUCAUCUAUAAGAGACAUGCCAUUAUUGAGGCCUAGUAAAACAGCACAUAGCAAACCACAUUUAAUUUUGCAUUCCAGUACUAUUUUAUUAUCAUGCAAUACAGGAUUGUGCUGUUUUAGGAGGCUUUCAUUUUUCAUCCGCUUGUGCAUUGCACCAUGCCAUAGCUUUCAGUCUUAGUUACCCCGUCAUUGUUAAACAGCACUGAUAUAUGUCAUUUUCGAUUCAUGUGAUCCUAUUUCAUCUGUAGUUGUAUGUUUAAAAUUAAAAAUAUACUUUUAUAAGAAAAAAACUGUUAUAUUUAUGUAUAAAAUAUUAGGUAAUAUAAUAUUAAGAGGCAUGAAUGGGAGUGAUUGAACAUUGCAUGCCUUUGAAGUUUGGUUCCUUCAGUGUAAAUUUGGUUUUGAGAUUGUACAAGGAAAUGUAUCGGCAGUCCAGUGAAUAUUUGUCUAUCUUACUUCUUAAUAUAUAGCUACCAGUAAUUCCAUAGAAAUAUGUCAUAUCUGUGCUUUUCUUAGAGAAACAAUUCAAGACAAUGUUAUUGCUUGCAUCUGUACGAAUAAUAGGAAUGUAUGACAGGAGUAAUAUAAAUACACUACUUCUUGACUGUUUGAUGCUUAGUUAAAAUAGUGUUUUAGGUAGUGAGAUAGACAUUUGAAAUCAAAAUAUUGAUCAGCUUUCUGCUAAUGUUAGUUUUAUACAUUAGGUACAUGUAAAUGUUGAAGUAAUCUUAUGAAACUGUAUAACCGUGUGUAUAAUAAACAUAACAUCAUAUCAUUUUUUUCAUAAAGCCUCAAAUAAAACUGAUAGCAUAAAAAUACUUAAGUGAACAUUUAUGGUAAAAUUCUUGAAAAUUAAUUUUACUCUUAAUUUUAAAUGUCUAAAAGUGGAGUAAUUAUUUUUAAAAAUAUUAUUAUAAAUUAUAAUAAUCGAUAACUUAGUAAUUGUAACAAACAUAACUCUUGUGAGAAGAUGUUGGUAUGUCGAUAAAGGUUCGCAAUAGCUAUAUAAAUAAAAUACAGUAAAUAAUUGUUAAUUUUAUUUGCUAUAAAAUAAAAACAAUGAAAAAUGUUUAUAUACAUGACUAUACAUUAACAUGUAUUUUAGGCUUCUUGCACAUUAAUUGAUAUGUUGUACAAACCACAAGUUAUUAGACACGAGCGUAAAAAAACUGAAAGGGAAUGUUAAAAGUUGGAGUUAUUCAAAUAAUAAUAAAUCUUGGUAAUAAAACA